CAAUAGGAAGUUUGAAACAGUGUGUGAAUAUCUGGAGUGCACUUUUAAUCAGAAAAAGAUGACGUUUAAAAAAGUCUAACGACUUAUAAGACAUUUUCCAUUGUGUUUUAUGUUUUGGACUUUCGAAAAGGACACUAAAAUAAUGUUAUCAUAUAAUAAGUCUAUGUUUUUGAUAACAGCACGUUUUGUUUAGAGGUGAAAACUAAAACAUUAAUUACCAAAAAAUCUAUUUUGACUACUGAGAAUGUAAGGUGCCAUUUACAAGUAGUGAUAUAACCGUGUUUCAAAAUCAUGGCAGUGUCAGGUCGGAAGGUUCUUGAUUUUUGUGCAUCAGUAUCGAAAGGUUCAGCAGAGGAUUUUGACCAUAGCUGUGAACCAUGCCUGGCUGUUGGUCAGCAUAUUGAAGCCCAUGGAUUUUGUGUGGACUGUCAGGAAUAUUUGUGUAAGAACUGCUUUUCUUAUCAUCAACGGAUAAAAGCUACGAAACAUCAUACUCUUCUUGAUAUUGAUAGCAUGGACAAACACACCCUUCAUAGAACAGAUUCGACAGUGUGCACUGAAAAAUGUCAUACUCACAAAAACGAGAGCAUCAAGUUUUUCUGCACAAACCAUGAAUUUCUUGGAUGUUGUGAUUGUAUAACUCUGAAUCACAGAACAUGUAAACUUGACUAUAUACCUGAUAAAUGUGCAGGUAUUGAAGACAGUGAUGAUUACAGGGAAACAAUGAGACAACUGGAUCAAAAAUUGAAAGAUAUAGAUGCUAUUCUCAAAAAGGCAAUACAACAAGACAAGGAGGUGGAUUCAUCCUACGAUCUUGUCAUAAAAGAAGUGAUUAAGUUACGCAAAGAGAUCAAUGAUCGCUUAGAUCAAUUACAAAAGCAAAUUCAGACAGAGGCUGACAAAAAGAAGCUAAUAGAUAAACAAACAGUCAAAAAGCUGAUCGAAACAUGUACAGCAGCUUACUCAGAUAUCAAGAAAUUCAAAACAACUCUACAAGACAGCAAAACUUCACAACAGAACGGGCAACUUUAUAUCCUCAUCAAACAAGCAAAAUCCAAACUAACGUUGGAUGAUUUGAAGAAUACUCAAGAAUCUUUGGAUAGGACCAGCAUUCAAUACACAUUUGAAAGAAACAAAGAAUUGGAGACCCUCCUUUCUAAGCAAGAUAUAUUUGGGAAGUUGAAUCUAUCCUCUACCCUGGUGAAGAAAGAACAACCGAUCCUAUCCCCUACCCCAGCGGCUCUAAGAAAGAAGAAGGUAUUUGAUAAGUUAACUCACAUAGGAGAUAUCAAUGUAAAGACAUGGUCAGAUGAAAAAGACUGCAUUAUCACAGGAUGUGCAGUUUUGUCCUCUAACAAAGUUAUGUUGGCUGAUAACAGCAACUAUAAACUGAAACUUGUUGACACACAAAGUAAAGCUGUAUUACAAAUGAAGACACUUGACUCUGAACCAUAUGAUAUUGCCGUGCUGCCUCAGGACCAGAUUGCUGUUACAAUGCCAAAUAAAAAAGAGAUCCUUAUAAUGGCAACAACUGGUAAGCUGUCAAUCAGUCAAAAUAUUCCUCUGAAAAAGAAAUACAGAGGUAUCACUUAUCAUCAAGGUCAACUUUAUGUGGUUUGCUGUGGCCCUAAAAGUGUGCAUAUAGUAGAUAUACAAGGUAAUGUCAAUAACAUAAUUACCCUAAACGAAGAGGUAUUUGACAAUCCAGACUACAUACUGCUAAGUCAAGAUGCCCGAUAUAUCUAUAUCAGUGACUUUAGCAAAAACAGUGUAGUCAGUGUAACAUUACUGGGUGAUGUGUCAGCUGUAUACAAGCACAAUGGUCUUAGUGGACCAGAAGGAAUGAUGAUGUUAGAUGAUGGAUCAUUGCUGGUGUCUUGCUUUAACAACACCACACAUCGUAUCUCUGGAGACUUGAAACAAGGUCAGACUGUCUUAGAUGGGUUACAGAAACCAUGGUCUAUAUGCUACAAUCAUCAUCAACAAGAAGUCUAUAUAAGUGGAGUAUGUGAUCAGCUGAAGAUAGUGAAAUUAAUUGCAUUGUGUGAAUAAAAUCCAACCAUAUCAUUUCUGGAGAAAUACAGUGCUGAAAAGGCCUGACUUGUUGUAUGUGCUAGAAAAUAAAGCUUCGUCCACAACAUGAAAUGGACACAAUUUUCUGUUUUAAUAUCUUUUUACAACAAAUGACAUUAAUUAAUCAUCUCCGUAUUUUAAGUUAAAGUUCCAUUUGAAAACCUUUUACUAUGUAUGUUAUGUAAUAUUAUAUAAUAUACGCAAGAAAAGUAAAAAAAAUUUGCAAAAUUCUUUUUAUCGCAAAUAUUUCAUUCUUGCAAGUUGUCUGCAAACAGUUUGGUAAACAUUUAUCAUUAUGUUGGUUUCUUUUGUAAUACUCGAGACAUAACCUUUGUAAUAUAAUAACAUGGUGAAAAAUAUGAAAUUAUUUCUCAUAAUCAUAUACAAUCUGUAUAUAAUUUUAAUUACUGGUUUCCUUCACAUGCAUAUUGUUAUGAUAAAAAAGGUCAAAUGUUGUAAAUAAACAUGUAUUGCAGUGUUAUUAAAUUCGUAUUGUUAUGUAAAA